UUGACAGUUAAAUAUAACCUAGCAAGCAGCUAGUUAGCAAACAAUCGAAAUAACAAACAAAUUUUUAAAAAAAUGAUAAAAUGUUGUGCAAAACUGUGAAGUGCGAUUACAAGUUGAAUACAAAACACUAAUUUAUCAAAAUGGGCAGAAAAUGCAGCGUAGAAAACUGCACUUCGGAUUCGAAAAAGGAGGAACACGAAGGGGUCACGUUCCACAAAGUGCCGCCCCACGGGGACCUCCGCCCCAAAUGGCUAUCGCUGUGCCACAUUCCCGAAGAAAAAGCCAACCUAAAAAUGAUAUUCGUAUGCUCCAGACACUUUUUGAAAGCGAAUUUUUGCAGCUUCAAAGGUUCCAAGUAUAUGCUGAAACAGGGCGUCCUUCCAAGUGUGUUUCCUUGGAGCACUGAACCGGUAACUGUCACCGAAAUAACAACAAAUAGGAAAACAUCAACAGUAACCAAAAGAAGAAUUUCUGAGAAAAAACAUUUACCCAGUGAAGAGAAAAAAAGCGAAGACAAAAAACAAUUACCCAGUGAAGAGGCAAACAAGCCUCAAGAAGACAACAAUCAAUCAGCACCCGAAACUGAAGACAACACAGAUUUGCCAGAAGCCGAAUCAUCUGCAACAGAGACAACAACAAAACCCAACAAAUCAAUACUGAAAUCUUACAUAAAAACCUUAAUAAAAUCCAAAAAAGAAAAAGAAUCCCCUAAAUCAAACAAAGAAAUCACUCAGGUGGUGCAAGAAAUCGAAAAACCCCCUUCUCCAACCCCUACAAUACCAUUCGUAAACUUUCAUCUUGAUGCGCCCCUCGAAGUACUAGACAACAACAACACAUGGUGCCAAGCAAAAAUCACUGAACUCGAUUAUCAAGAAAACGAAAUUUUGAUCCACUUUGAUGAGUCUCCCAAUAAGUGUGAUGAAUGGAUUUCCAUGAAGAGUCCCAGGAUUCGUGCGCCAAUGGUGAAGUCGGAACUGGUGAAACCCAAAGGUGGUUUUGAGGUUGGCCAGAGAUGCAUGGCCCAGUGGAGCGAUGUCGGCAAGUUUCCAGCUACUAUUGUUGAAUUGUUGGAUAAUGACUUGUACGAAGUAUUAUUCGACGACGGCUUCAGAAAAGCCAUAAAAUCCAACAAAAUAACCAAAAUGGUCGCGUCUACCACAAAACCGCCACAGAUGUCCCCUCUGUUCGAUCCGAUCCAGAGCUCGAAGCAAGAACGUCGCGACAAAAAGCGAAUACUCAACGUGGCCGCUCUAUUCCAGAAAAGACCGCGCUCGAGUUUCACCGGAGGCAAAAACAGCCCUAUAUCGAAUCAAGAAACCACCUGUUCUUCUUCCGGAUCUCAGGACGAAGCCGCCGCGUCACCCAAGCCAGCAACCUCUAUGUCCUUGGAAGAUUGGUAUCCAACCUGGAAGGGCAAAAAACCGGUGGGCGUCGAAUCGAACCUUGAAUGCAUCGAGGGCUGGAGACAUUCCACGAUCGUGCCUGAUCCAAGAAUGCCGCCUGGCUGGAGCAGGCAUCUUUCUCAGAGGACCAACGGAACGAAGGCUGGAAAAUGGGACUGCAUUUUUGUAGCUCCAAACGGUAAACGGUUCAGAUCGAAGCAGGACAUAAAACAUUACCUGGACCUUCAUCCAGGUAUGGGCGCCACACCUGGAAUGUUCAAUUUCGGCAUUUUCCGGAAUAGAGCUACGAAAAAAAGGAAAAGGCGGGGGGCACAUGUUGCUGCCGAUCUUGACUUGGACGAGCCUCUGGAUGACGAUUUUGAAGAGAAGCCUGUUAAAAGGAAACGCGGCAAACCUCCAAAACCGAAGGUGGCUCCAAUUGAAGCUCUACCUCCUGUAGAUUUACCACCAGUUGACAACAAUGUUGGAGAAAAAGAAGAUACAAAAGAAGAUUCGAUGACUUUCAAGAUAAUUUUCGAAAACGACACGUACAAGUGCCCGGUCGAAGGUUGCGGCAAGAAUUACCGACGCGAAAAUCUGGCUCUGAUGCACGUCAAGCACUAUCAUCCGGAGUACGCGAAAUAUCUGGAUUCGACGCCGAAAGUGGCCGAUCUGGCUUAUGCCAGAACGAUGGCGGACGAUUUCGACCGGACCCCUGCGACGCCGAGACUGAGUAGUUACAGGACAGAAAAAGCUACAGUCACUCCAAAAACAUCAAAAUCCACAAGCGCUCUUCUGGAUCCUGCAAACGAUAACAGGAAAACUCCAGAUCUUACUAGAACCAAUAAUACCGAAAUUAUCAAACUGUUGACCCAAAAACCGAUAGAUAUUGGAGGCACCUCGAACCCAUUACCUCCCGGACUGCCGUCUGACAUGUACCCAGAUAUUAACUUGAAAGAUCUACUUGGGAAAAAUGAUGACGUAGCGAUGCGCGACGACAUUAAUAUCAAGAAUUUGUGUUCGUCAAGGCCGUCGCAAGGAAUUAAAACGCUGUUGCCAGUUCGACCAGGUGCCCUAAAAUCUGAGCCGUCGGAUGAGAAAGUGGGAAGUAAACGUAAGAGGGCGUCAUCUGACGAUGCUCUUAAGGCCACCUCUCUACACCACGACUCUCUAAACUCUUCACUCCAAGAAUCACAACAACUAAACACGUCCACCGACAUCGCCACGCCCUCGAUACCGUCCGCCUUCGAUUUAGCGCCACCGCCACAGGGACUUGAGGGCGCGCAAGCGCCCACCGUCACCCAAUUCGACGGCGUUAUCAUUGAAGGCGGCAAAAUCAUCAAACUAGAACGGAUGAAGAUGGAAGAGAUCAUCAAUUGCACUUGCGGGUUCAUCGAAGAGGACGGCCUGAUGAUCCAGUGCGAACUUUGUCUCUGUUGGCAGCACGCCUACUGUAACAGCAUUAUGAAGGAGAGCGAGGUACCCGAGAAGUAUAUUUGCUAUAUUUGUCAGAAUCCGGCUAGGGAGAGGAAAAGUAUGAAGUAUAUGCACGAUCAGGAUUGGUUGAAACAUGGAACUUUGCCAGUCGGUUCUUAUCACUCCUUGGACGAAAAAGAAUUCAAAGAACGUUGCGAAAUGUUCAGAAAAUGUCACGACGUCAUCGGAGGUUUGUGCGAAUUGGAAGAGCACAUGCGUUCGUUGGAUGUCAAAAUGAAGAUUGCAAAAGCAAAAGACCACCCGAAACUCUAUCUCUGGUCAAAACCGUGGGACAAACCCAAACUCGAAAAACAAAUCAAAGAAGAACCACCAUUUCAAAACUCGAUAACCGACAAACAUGAUUCUUUGGAAAACGGCUUGGAUAUUGGAAAAAUCGACUCUUCACACGACUCCAUGCUGCUGAUGAUGCUGAAAACGGGCAAAGAAGAAAUGCCGAUGCUCAACAUGCACAACAACGUCGGCUCGAUGAUUAUACCGAAACCGCAAGCCGCCAUCGUUCCUGUCGAUUGUAAAUUGAACCUUUUGGAUCACAUUGGACAUUCUCACAAUUUGAUGUCUGAUCAAUUGGAUGAAUUUGAAAAGGAAUUGGAUGCUUUAGAACAAGGUUUGGAUGUGGAACGAGAUGAAAAUUAUCCGCAAACUAGGAAGUCUUUGAUGUUGUUGGCUAGGGAUUUGAAUACUUUGAAACAAUUCAGUGAAUUGUCAGGGUCUUAAGGACAGUUAGUUUUUUGUUUUUUAGAUGUUUAGCUUUAGCAAAAUGUUAAAUUUUGGGAAUUCUUACAUGAAAACCCACUAGAAAUAAAAAUAAUUUGAAGUUGUGUAUAUUUUACAGUACAAAUACUAAUUGAAGAAUCUUCCUUAUAAAAUUCAUUGUUCAAUAUAAGUAAACUUUAAUAAAUAAAUAAAUACAAAUAAA